CCAUCUCAAAAGAGUAUUCAAUUUGAGAACAAUAGGAGACCAAUGGAAGUGGUUCGAGUACUUCACAUGAAUGGAGGAGCUGGAGAUUUUAGCUACGCUAACAAUUCCUUUCUUCAGUUGAAGGUGAUAUCAAUGACGAGGCCAAUUGCAGAGGAAGCCAUCAGCAACCUCUACUGCUCCACUUUGGCAACAACAUUCACCAUAGCUGAUUUGGGAUGUUCUUCUGGACCAAACACCUUAACGGUAGUUUCCCAGCUCAUUAAAACAGUGGAGAACAUUCGUAGAAACCUCUACAGCAACCCAAUUGAAUAUCAAGUAUUCUUAAACGACCUACCAGGCAAUGACUUCAACGCCAUCUUCAAGGCCCUCCCUAGUUUCCAUGAAAGUUUCAAAAAGGAGAUGGGAGGUGAUCUUGGGCCUUGUCUCUUUACUGGGGUGCCUGGCUCCUUCUAUGGCAGGCUGUUUCCCAGUAGGAGUGUCCAUUUUAUUCAUUCUUCCUACAGCCUUCAUUGGCUGUCUAAGGUCCCCGAAGGGUUGGAAGAGAAUAAGAGAAACAUUUACAUGGCUGAAACAAGCCCCGCCAGUGUGCUGAAGGCUUACUACGACCAAUUUCAAAAGGAUUUUUCUUUGUUUCUUCGCUGUCGGGCUGAAGAAUUGGUGGAUGGAGGAUGCAUGGUUCUGACGCUCUUGGGACGACGCAGUGAAGAUCCAACGAGCAAGGAGUGUUGCUACAUUUGGGAGCUCUUGGCUAUGGCUCUCAAUGACAUGGUCUCUCAGGGAAUCAUAGAAGAGGAGAAGCUGGACAGCUUCAACCUUCCCAAGUACAUGCCAUCACCAACCGAAAUGAGUAUCGAGAUCGGAAAAGAAGGCUCUUUUGUGGUUAAUCGAAUCCAAGUUUCGAAGGUGGAUUGGAAUGUGUACAAUAACAACGAUGAAUCCAAUGGGUUAAGAGCUGGUGGGUACAACGUAGCCAAGUACAUGAGGGCAGUGGCUGAGCCAAUUCUAGUAAGCCACUUUGGGGAAGCAAUUAUGGAUGAAUUAUUCAUAAGAUAUGGAGAGAUUAUCGUGGAUCGAAUGGCCAGGGAGAAGCCUGAGUUCGUCAAUGUCACUAUUUCUCUCACUAAGAUGAAGUGAGAGAAACAUGGUAAAUCUUAGUUUGCAGAAAAAUAUGUUGUUGUUCUGUUAUGUUCCAAAUUAAUGAAGAUUUGUGUUCCAUGUGUUCGU